AUGGAAGGCGUUGAAGUGAAAAUCGACACAGAGCCAAGUGAAGUUAAAAAAGAGGAGCCAACUGACACAGACUUAGAACAGAAUGAAGACAAAGUGUAUAGUAUAUGGGAAGAGGUUCCCAUAAUUUUUGUGUGUUUAACAAUCAUACUCUCCUACUUAACGAUCAUAGUAGUCAUCAUUUUCCUUUUGCCGUUAUUUUAUUCGACACCAACAAUCAUUUUUUGGACCAUCGUUACACAUGUUAUUAUAUACUUGAUUUCAUACAAUUACUACAGUGUACACGUUGUCCAGUCUGAUAUCAUUCCAGAGUCAUACUACCGCGUUGAUGAAGAAAACAUCGACGAGUCAAGAAUGUGCCAAAUAUGUAAAAAAUACAAAGCGGAUCGCGUCCAUCAUGAUCGCACCACCAAGAAGUGUAUUUAUCGAUACGACCACUACUGUGGUGUUGUCCAAAAUGCACUUGGGUAUCACAAUUACAGGUACUUCUUUUUGUUUCUGUUUUACGUUGAAGUUGGGUUGUUGUGUCUCGAUUUUAAUGUUGCCAUUGGGUUGUAUCGCUUAGACAUCUUAAAAUAUGUUCCGAAGAUACUUUUGAUAGCCUUCAUUCUCUUCUUUGCCAAUUUCUCAAUUUCUAUAGGCGGUCAAGUCUUCUUCCAAGCGGUAAUGAUCUCACUGAACCUCACAACGAAAGAGUUUGUGGACUGGGCAUCGCAAGUAUUGAGAGAGAGGCGUUUCGUUCCUCUGCCUUAUUACAAAACAGUUUUACUCAACUGGAAAGAAUGUAUGCAAGUGCCAGAAGACAAGAACGUCUUGUUGGGAUUCCUCCCCACAAAGCCUCGUAUGAUUGAAAAAAGAUCGCUUUAA